AUGAGGGGACGGCGUCUGGUCCGGCUGGUGCGCGGCGGGGGGGUUGCUGCCGGCUUCGGCGGCGGCGGUGGUCCCUCGGCCGGUGGGUCACGGAGCGGCUGGCCCCCCGGCUUUGCUGUCCGAGGAGGGCUGGCGCCUCGGAGCGAAGAGAGCGGCUGCAGCAUGCCCGGCGCCGUGAGCGGGGGCUGGCGGACAACGUCGUCCUCCGGAACGCCGUCUCUGUUGCCGCUUGCAGCAGCCCUGCGUGGUGGCACGGGAUUAGCAGAUACAGCUAAAAAGAACUUUGGUGGUGGAAACACUGCUUGGGAAGAGAAGACGCUGUCAAAGUAUGAGUCCAGCGAAAUUCGUCUUGUAGAGAUCAUAGAGAAUCUGUGCGACAGUAGUAACUUUGAAUGUAACAACAUGGUAGAAGAGCAUGAAGAACAUAUAGAGAAAUGGUGGUUCAAACUAAAGAAGAAGUAUCCUGAUUUGUUUAAGUGGUUUUGCAUAGAAACAAUAGAAGUUUGCUGCCCUGCUGGAACUUACGGACCAGAUUGCCUUGCUUGUCGUGGUGGAUCGGAAAGACCUUGCCAUGGAAAUGGCCACUGUGAUGGUGAUGGUACCCGAGGUGGAGAUGGCUCAUGUAGCUGUAACAAGGAGUAUACAGGAGAUUUUUGUUUGGACUGUUCUAAUGGUUACUUCAGUACCUUGAGAAAUGAGACGCAUUCUGUUUGUACAGCCUGCCAUGAUGCCUGUAAAACUUGUACUGGUUCAAGUAACAAGGACUGCCAAGACUGUAAAGAAGGCUGGAUUAAAAAUGAAGAAGCAGCUUGUGUGGAUUUAGAUGAGUGUGCUGCUUCUCCUUGCAAAGAUCACCAGUAUUGUUUGAACACAGAUGGAUCUUUCUCAUGCAAAGCAUGUGAUACCAGCUGUGUAGGUUGCACAGGGGAAGGUUCUGACAAGUGUAAGACCUGCGCAUCUGGAUACAUGAAGGAAGAUGAAAAGUGUACAGAUAUAGAUGAAUGUAACCUUCCUGAGAAGGUUUGCAUGAAAGAGAAUCAAGACUGUGUUAAUACUUCAGGUAGUUACAAGUGUGUAUGUUCAGAAGGGUUUGAAGACAAGGAUGGAACAUGUGUUCAGAUUCUAAAACCAGGAGAGGAAGUAGAGAGUGAAACAACUGAGCCUUCACCUGCUGGACAUGAUGACUUAUGAUCUGCAUUCAGAACCAAAAGACAUUCCUAUCUAAAGUUUUAAAUUAUUGGACUAAGUGUCUGCUAGCUGACAUACUGUGGAAAUGGUAUUAAAUAUGCAGGUUGCCAUUAAGAUUUUUUUUUUUUUUAAAUGGUGAUAAUCUGCUCUUUAAGCUGCAUUUCUUUACUCUUAAAUGCCACUUUUUAUAUAAUUCUUCAAGAACAACACUCUAGAUGGGUUAGUAUAAAAUUUGAAUUAACAUAACAUUGUACCCAGCAAUUGUAAACAAUUUGCAGGUUUCUCAUUCUAGUGCCUACUGAAAACUAUCAUCAUUUGGAAGGACUUAGUUGCACUUCAUAAUUCAAGAAAAGUUUAGACUGAAGUUUGGUGUUUCUUGACAUAAGAAAUAUUUCUAUAACUGAAAUACAGCUUUUAGAAAUUGUCAAAGGGAAUCUCUCUGGGGGGAAGCACUGUUCCCUUAAACAAAAUAGAAUGCCUAAUACUGCAUUCAAUAAAAGUUUAUUUUGUUG